AUGACAGAGUCGCUGGAAGUGACCAUCAGAGAGGCCCAGUGGUGUCCACAGCGAAAGGGUCAGCCCCUGAAAAAGGAGAGUAGUAGCUGGAGCAGGGGUAGCAGCAGCCCCAAUCGCCAGCUGGGGAACUACUUUCUUGCCCCUGAAAAGCAGGUGCCUACGAAGGACUGCUUCAGGCAGGCCCUGUUCAAGGUGAAGAGCCAAUUUCUGCACCAAAGCUUCCAGACCCAAGGGGGAGUCAGCCCUCCUCCUCCCUCCACGGGGACUACGGGCACCACGGCAUCGAGCCCUCCUCCUCCCUCCACGGGGACUACGGGCACCACGGCCUCGAGCCCUCCUCCUCCCUCCACGGGGGCUGCGGGCACCACAGUCACGAAAGGUCCCACCAACCCUUGCCAAGAGGAUUCCUGUAAGGGUGGUUCUUUGUGUGUGAGUCUGAAUGAUACAUUUUUCUGCCUGUGUCCAGAAGGGCAAUAUUAUAACUCUUCCACAUGCAGUAAAGGAAAGAUAUUCCCCGGUACAAUUACAUUCAAAACAUCAAAUGUAGAGGACUUGGAAGAUGAAAAUUCUGUGGCCUAUCAAAAAUUACAUUUUGAAAUUACUGAAUUUUUUAAAAAGGCAUUUAACAAUUCUGAUUACGGACAGACUGUAAUUGUUAAAAUAAGUCUUAGGACAUCUUCAGCAAGAUCUGAAUUGCGUGCUGGUGACAAGGCAAUUAUCACAACAAUUGAGCAAGUGCUUUACAAGUCACCUUAUCCAUACUGUCUUCCUAAUUCGUCUUUGAAUUCUGUGUGCCUCUCAGAGCAAGACCGCUGUGACUACUACGGUUGUGAGAAGAAGGACCAGGACAACUGCGCCAGCGGUUUAUUGUGUCAGUGCAAAUCUGGGCUGGUGAGGCCCAACCCGCAGAUCCCCAUGUGUGUCGCCUUGAGUCCAACCUGUGAUGACACCUGCAACGCAGAGAACAAGCAGCAAUGUUUAGUGAGGAGCAACAGGAGUGCCGACUGCGUGUGCCUGCCGGGCUACCGGGAGGACAGUCACGGGGCCUGUCAACCGUGUGCAUUUGGCUACAGCGGAGUCGGUUGUAAAGACAGUGAGUAGAAAAGUCUUGCUCUGUUAUUCAAUAACUGAGAUACAAACCUUGACCACAUUCAGAAUCUGUCUAGUGCCCCAAGUCUCAGGCCUGUUUCUCAAAGACACAGAAAACCUGCCUGUGUUUGUCUUCUGGGUCAGG